AAUGUUUCUUUGUGAGCGCUGAUCUGAACAAAAGCAUCGAGGAGACAGUGAGGGCGGACAUCAACAAGACCAUCCACGAGAGCAUCUGGAAGAAAAAGUCUGGCUACAAUGUGGCCAACUACAACGUGGAUGAAACGCUCUCUGAGUUAUCAAUUUGCCUUGAGGAGAAGCCUCAUGUCUCCCCUCUGAGAGUUGACCUCCCACCAGAAAACAUGAUGACCGACACCACAAGGAUGUUCAAGGUGAGCAACCUUGACGACCUGACCCCGCAGGAAGGUCACGAGAAGGCUGGACACACGGAGGGGCAAGCGCCUCGGGGCAGUAACACGCUGAAGAUUGAGGAGUUUGAGUGCGGGCUCCAGGGCUCUGGGAUACAGCUGGAGGGCUCCGAGUGGUCUUUUACCCUCUACGACUUUGACGGCCACGGGAGGAUCACGAAAGAGGACUUAGCAAGUCUACUCAAGGCGCUGUAUGACGCUGUGGGGUCCUCCAUCAAGCUCCCACCCAACGGGGCCAAGACCCUGAAGCUGAGGCUGUCCGUUGGUCAAGACGCCACAUCGAAAAUUCAAACAGAAGCCAACAGGAAGUCUGCGGAAGUGCAGUGCGUGACCAAUCAAAAAUCAGCCGACCGCAGUCGGAACUUGAACAAAUCCCAGAAAAGUAAAGUCCCGGAGUUUUCUAAGCUGAAUAAUUUAACCCGGACACAGCUGAAAUGCACCAAUCAAAACCAAGGUCAGGGGUCACAUUUUUUGCAGCAGGAUUUGAAUACAUUUGUUGAAGAAGCUGGAACGUUAGCGGCGCAAGUUGCGGAAGGUUCUGACCCACUGGUGGCCAAUGUUGUGGUGCCAGACUCCAAGCAGCUGGCCAGUCUAGUCAAAGAAAACAUGGAGAGGAAUCAAAUCAAGCAACUCAGAAGACACCACAGUGACAACAGGACGGACGGCCACAAGCACCACAAGCGACGGCACCGCACCAUAGUCUCCCACUGCCCAGUCAUCCCUGCGGUCACAGUGUCAGGCGCCGCCUGCGCCGCAGGUCACCUGGAAGGGACACGCUUGGUCGAGCUGCCUGAGGACUGCAGCAGGGAGCCUGUGGAGGACCGGAGGAACUACUACCUCGACCUGGCAGGGGUGGACUGUAGCCAGUCCAAGUUUCAAAACAACUCCGCUGUUCCCGUCUUGGGGAGUGGGCUUGUCAAAACCGGCAACAGCCACCAUAGGUCAAGGUCACAGGACACUCCCACUGCCAAAUGUGACAACCAGGCGGUAUUGAAUAAACCGGACAUCGUCGCCGGCGGGCACCUUGACAAAUGUGAUAACCUACGUCGGGAAAGCGAGAGGCAUGGUCAGAAAACGGCUAACGGGAAAACUGACCCGCAUUUAAAAACCAAAUCUUCGGAUUUACCGGAAGGACAGACGAGCACAGCGAAGGUUCACUGGCAGCUCGCUAGCAGUAAGACGAAUAAAUUUCGCCCCGUCAGCCUGCCAGGCCAUGUCCCCACUGCUGUCUCCCCGCACUACCACCGGCGCCACCGCCACCGAGAGAAAGACCACGACCUAGCCAUGCAGCAGGUGGCGGAGUGGAUAGAGCGCGAGCACGCGUGGGAGAGUGACCGCCUGAUUGUGCAGAGACACGAGCACCACCACUUUCAUGAACACCACCACCACCACCAUUACCACCACUACCAUGAGGCAUGAGGUCACCAUUUACCAGAUGGGCUGACUAAUUGCCGCAGGAUGCCUUAUAAAAAUACAUUCAGUUUUCCAUUCUAACCCAACUUAACAGAAUAUUCAAAUCACCACCUUUACAGGCCCAAAUAACAGUGUUAAUUAGUCAGCUAUAAUCAAACUUUUAUGGAAAACUUUCUUCCGCAUUUUGAGAAAUUAUUUUAUUUAUACUAUUACAGACUUCAAAAGUAUUUUGUGGUCAAUAGAAAUAUGGAAGAUCCUUGUACUUGGAUACAAAACAUUUUACUAAGAUAAUCUCCGUGUGACGAACUGAAUUACAGAAUAGCAUUUGUUGGAUAAGAAAUAUUUGACAUGGAAUAUUUUAUUAUACAACAAAUGUACAAAAAGUGACUGCAUAAAGGAUUAUUAAAAUUCCCAUACACAAUGCUGUGUAACCUGUUUGCUGAGAAACCCUGUUAGAUACGGUGUUGCUAAAUCUAUCAGUGACACAGGUUGCUUGAUCUACCAGAGACUGAAGCUGAGAUUGGUGGGAUCAUUUCAAUUAUCUACAGCCUGAAUUCAAAUGAGAUUUUACUAACUUUAUUUUAGUAAAUAAUUUUAACGAAAGCUCAGGACUAUACAAGAAAAAAAUAUUCUGUGUGAGAUUUUUUUUUUUAUUUGUUCAAUAUAAUGGCUAUGUGGGCUAAACACUGCCCAUCCAAAGCUUACCGUAAGAUAUAUAUAUAUUUAACCAAAGAGUAUGUAGUCAUACACGUGUAUAAAUGCAUGCUUAAAGAGCACAACAUGAACAUUUACAGUUUUGUGUUGAGAAUUUUUUUUUAAAUCAGAAAUAUGUUUUAGUGACAUGUUUUUCUUUCCCAGCUGCUCAAAGAUUUUCCACACAACUGCAAUUAAUUUUUGUUUUUAACAGUUCAGCUAAAAUAUGAUUGAGUCAGAACCUUUUAGUUUUAGAUUUGAAUCCAAAACUUGUGAUUGUAUUUAAACAUUUAUUUUGUUAUUUAAAUAUUUGUUUUAUGUCUAUUUAUUAAUUUAAACUUGCCAAUCCUAAUUUUAAAUGGGUGACACAUGAAUGUCUUGUUUGAAUAUAAAUAAAUUUUUUUUAAAUGAUGAAUAUAAAUUUAAAAAAAAUUUAAAUAAUGAAUAUACUUUUUUUUAAAAGAUGAAUAUAAAUAAUUUUAAAGAAUGGGUUGAAAAAAAAAGUAAAUCCUUCUUGGAAAAUUUGUUUUUCAGCAUUUUAAUGUACUGUUUUUUGUAAAAUGUCAAUUGUUUUUUAUCAAUAUUUUUUUUUAGUUAACAGAUAUUAAAGUAUUUUGCAACA